GCAUUAAACGUGGGGGAGAUUCAGAUCGCGUAUUGUCCUCCCUUGUUAAAAGGAGACACUUGACAAGGGAGCUGCGAUGCCCGUUGCAGCCACCGACAUGGCAGUAGACAACAGCCACGGGUUAAAUGAGGGUAAAACCCCAGAUGGUGCCGGGAAUGAGAGUAUCCUUCCAGUCUCCCUAAACAGUAAUUUAGCGGAGAUCCUCAAGAAAUUCUACCACACCAAACGGGUCGGACACUAUCUGAUCGGGAGGAAGCUGGGAGAAGGCUCGUUCGCCAAAGUUAGAGAAGGUCUCCAUGCGCCAACAGGAGAAAAGGUGGCAGUGAAGGUGAUAGACAAGCGGAAGGCCAAGAAGGACUCGUAUGUUACCAAGAACCUGCGGAGAGAGGGUGACAUCCAACAGAUGAUCCGGCACCCCAACAUCACUCAGCUGCUGGACAUCUUGGAGACAGAGAACAGCUACUACCUGGUGAUGGAGCUGUGUCCCGGUGGGAACCUCAUGAACCGCAUCUACGACAAGAAACACAUGGAUGAGCGGGAGACACAGAAAUACAUCCGGCAGCUGGUGCUGGCUGUGGAGCACCUGCACAGGGCUGGCGUGGUGCACAGGGACCUGAAGAUAGAAAACCUCCUACUGGAUGAGCAAGACAACAUAAAACUCAUAGAUUUUGGCCUUAGUAACUGCGCUGGCAUCUUGGGAUACUCCGACCCCUUCAGCACCCAGUGUGGAAGUCCAGCUUAUGCCGCCCCAGAGCUCCUUUCUAGGAAGAAGUAUGGACCAAAAGUGGAUGUCUGGUCCAUUGGUGUUAACAUGUACGCGAUGCUAACGGGGACGCUCCCCUUCACCGUGGAGCCCUUCAGCCUUCGAGCCCUGCACCAGAAGAUGGUGGACAAGGAGAUGAAUCCUCUACCUCCCUCACUAUCUACUGCCGCCACCUGUCUUCUGAAGAAGCUUAUAGAGCCAGACCCCAGCAAG